AUGGUAGGCGACCCUGCAAAACAUAACCAGAAUAUGUAUUGCGAGUAUCACCAAGAGCCGGGCCACACCACCGAUGAUUGCAGGAAUUUGAAAAACCACUUGGACCGGCUUGUCCGAGAGGGGAAGUUGAGACAUCUGUUACAUCACCCUGUUGGAUGGCAGGAGCAGUCGAACAUCAAAACAAGGAAAAGCACAUUGAGACCACCCAUUGGCACAAUAAAUGUCAUUCUCGUCACACCAGGAAGGACCGGCUCCCAUCCUUUCAGAGUAAUGUCGGUGGGCCGGCUCUCCGCUAAAGCUGACGACUGGGAGUCCAAGAGGGCUAGAGGGAUGGCCACGCCCCUAAUCGGAUUCUCUGAUGAGGACAAACUGGGAACCCUCCAACCCUACGACGAUGCCCUAGUCGUCACGCUCAGGAUUGGGGGAUAUGACGUGAAGAGGGUGCUAGUCGAUCAGGGCAGCGCCGUGGAAGUAAUGUAUCCCGACUUGUACAAGGGGCUGAAGCUGAAACCAGAGGACCUGACAGCAUACGACUCCCCUUUAGUGAGUUUCGAAGGAAAAACCGUCACUCCAAAAGGCAUGAUUAGGCUGCUUAUACAAACAGACUCGGACGUAGUGGAGGUGGACUUCAUAGUGGUAGAGGCAUACUCCCCUUACACUGCCAUCGUAGCCAGACCGUGGCUUCACGCCCUAGGGGCUGUGUCAUCAACCUUACACCAAAAGGUGAAGUAUCCGUCGGAGGGUCGAGUGAAAGAAGUAAUAGGGAACCAAGCCAUGACCCGGCAAUGCAUGGUGUCAGCCAUCUCACGACGACCGAGUACUGAGCCCUCCACCUCAGCCGAGAACGGCUUAUAG